UAAAUACGUUUCAUACUUGAAUGCACUUGCGAUCAUUUCGGGUGUUAAAUGUACUUUCUCUGUGAACGGGACUUUAAUAGACGUGAAACAAGUAUAAGUAAAGACGCUCGUAGAUGCAGUGUAUUCAAAAUUCUUCGAAAUUGUUUCAUGACGAAUGUGAUAUGUCAAGCGGUGACGUUGGAUAACUGAAUUUUAAAGGUUAUCAAACACGACAGAGAAAUUGAAAUAUUCACAUUGAAAGAAAUCAGUCUAAAUAGUAUAACUCAUCAAUGUGGUAGAUCUCUGUCUCGAUCACCACUUCUCCUUAUUUUUUCGCGACGUCGCGACGUAUCGUGACGAUAGAUUAUCCUGUAAAUGUUCCAAGUUUUUAGGAUAAAAUAAAGGUUAGCUAAAUUUUUAAAGUAAUAUAAUGGCUGUAGGCACGACAUUGCAGAAAGCUAUAGAUCUAGUUACCAAAGCGACAGAAGAAGAUCGCAACAAAAAUUAUGAAAAAGCGCUCGAGUUGUAUGAACAUGCAGUUGAAUAUUUUCUGCACUCCAUUAAAUAUGAAGCACAAGGAGAUAGAGCAAAAGAAAGUAUUAGAGCUAAGUGUACGCAAUAUUUAGAGAGAGCUGAAAAAUUAAAAGCUUAUUUGAGGAAAAGUAAGAAAAAGCCUGUAAAAGCAGGGGAGGAUAACUCCAAGACUGAAGACAAAAAGAGUGAUAGUGGCGACAGUGAUACUGAUAGUGAUCCGGAAAAGAAGAAACUUCAAAGUAAAUUAGAAGGGGCGAUAAUUAUUGAAAAACCAGAUGUCAAGUGGGGUGAUAUCGCUGGACUUGAUGGAGCUAAAGAAGCUUUAAAAGAGGCAGUUAUUUUGCCAAUACGUUUUCCUCAUCUCUUUACUGGAAAACGGAUCCCAUGGAAGGGUAUUUUGCUGUUUGGGCCACCAGGUACUGGUAAAUCUUAUUUAGCAAAAGCAGUGGCCACAGAAGCCAAUAACUCAACAUUCUUUUCUGUAUCAUCCUCUGACUUAGUAAGCAAGUGGCUUGGAGAGUCUGAAAAGCUUGUAAAAAAUUUGUUUGAAUUAGCUCGGCAGCACAAACCUAGUAUUAUAUUUAUUGAUGAGGUUGAUUCACUUUGUUCAUCGCGUUCUGAUAAUGAAUCAGAAUCUGCGAGAAGAAUAAAAACAGAAUUUUUAGUUCAAAUGCAAGGUGUUGGUUCUGACAAUGAUGGUAUACUAGUAUUAGGGGCUACCAAUAUACCAUGGGUACUGGAUUCUGCUAUUAGAAGAAGAUUUGAAAAAAGGAUUUAUAUACCCCUGCCUGAUGAACAAGCUAGGGCUAUAAUGUUUAAACUUCAUUUAGGAAGUACUUCUCAUUGUUUGACAGAAGAGGAUUUUAAGAGAUUGGCUGCAGCUACUGAUGGAUAUUCAGGAGCUGAUAUAAGUAUUAUUGUUCGAGAUGCACUAAUGCAACCAGUUAGACAAGUCCAAACGGCAACGCAUUUUAAACGCGUUAGAGGCCCAUCACCGAAAGAUCCUUCGGUUAUUGUAGAUGAUUUACUUACACCUUGUUCACCUGGAGAUCCAGCCGCAAUUGAAAUGAAUUGGAUGGAAGUUGAAGGGGAUAAGUUGUACGAGCCACCUGUAACUAUGAAAGAUAUGUUAAAGUCAUUGGCAACAACUCGACCUACAGUGAACGAAGAGGAUAUGUCCAAACUAGAGAAAUUCAAGCAAGACUUUGGUCAAGAAGGUUGAUACUUGGAAUUUUUUUAUAGAUGUAAAUCAAUGUACACUUCCAAAAAUAUGUUUCAGUUACACGCGCUUGCCUUACAUCUUGUUUCAUUACUAGUAGUACAGAGCAUUUAUAUAAAACCACCUCAAUCAAAGUUCUUGCGUAUGUAUCUCUGCUUCUCUGUUUCUUUGUCUUUCUUUCUCUUUUAUUUUUUCCAACAUUGAAUAUGCAUUAAUGAUAUCAGUGUAAACUUGAUGCUUAUUCACAAAUACUAUUUGUCAGUGUAUAAAUAUCACUGAAUGAACUAUAUAUUUUGAAUUGAAAAACUGAUAAAUUUCAAUCAGCGGAAGGACGAUACUGUUUUAUAUUAGGAUACCUCGAGGAGAAAAUUGAAAUAUGCGUAUUUUCACACACACAUAUUAUCUACUAAUCUAAACACUAUGAUUGUACCUAACAAAUUAACUGUAUAAUAUGUAGAUUUAAAACACAUUUCGAAACGAUAUUUACAAUUACAGUUCAGCAAUUUCUUUGUAUAUUUUAUAAUUUUCAAAUCUUGCUUAGGCAUCCUUGACAGGUUAUCUAUGGUAUUCUAUAUUCGUUUGUUCAAAAAACAAAAAUGAUAAAUAAUCAGUUUAAACGACUUAACAAAUUAAGUGAGCGCGAUUAUAUGUGGUAUAUGAUAUGUAUAUAUAUAUAUAAAUAUAAAUAUAUGUAUUUUAUAUGUAUAUGUAUAUGCAUAUGUAUGUACGUGUUGCAAUGAAACAGGACACUGUUUCUCUGUAAAAUGUUUUUAUUGUUAACUAAAUAAAUAAUACGACGUACGAUAAAUCAGUGAUUUCUAGUGACAUUUGAGUGUGGUAUUAGUUGUAAAGUACUGUACAAAAAUAAUCAGAAAUUCUCAUAUAUUUAAGGAGGACAAUGUCUUAAAUAUUCAGAAUCCAUAUAGACAACAGUUAUCGUGAUGUCAUCACGAAAUAUCCGUACCACUGGGCUAGAUAACGUUAAUAAUCGUGAUAAUUUUCCGUGAUCUAUACCGUAGUCUGUUCCACCGAGCGCAUGUCUGAGUAGAUGUGUUGCUGCAUUACUAUCAAGAGGUUUCUUUUUUAAUCCUUCUUUACGUUGCACUAACAUCUUAUUAAUAUCAGACAAUUUCAUAUUUCUACAAGGCAACCGUAGUGAACUUAAUGUUACUUUUCCGCUCAUAUGUUCACCUACUAAACGCACGCCUUCUAAAGGAGAUAUUAAAUCCCAUAAACCGUCGCUAGCUAUUAUAAGAAAUUUAUCUCGGGGUGUUAAUCUAUGAUAUUUAACUUCUGGUUUGGCUGUCAAAUAUGGUGGAGUAUGAUAAUUUGGUGGUAUCAUAGCUUCACCUAUGUAUGGCGCUACUUCUCGUAAAGUCUUUUUGUUCCACUUAUAUUGAAAAUCACCUAAAGAACGAAGAGGCGCUAACUGACCAAGAAGUCGUUCCAUUUUAAUUAUAGUAGACCUUUCAUUUGGUGGAUGCUCAGAUAAAAUUCUUUCAACUUCUGCGCGAUUGUCGGUAUUGUGUUCCACAGUCAUUAAUUUCGCAGACCAACCAUCUUCUUCUGCAAUUAAUAAAUAAUAAAGAAAUAUUGUAAUUCCUUUCAAUAGAAAUAUUAAUUUCUAUUAAAAGCAAUUCAUACCAGAAAGCGUCCCAAGUACUGCUUGACAAUCCCCUACUCCAGCAACGUGGAGAUGGGGACCAUCAAUGUGCGCGACAGCUGCUACAGCACCACUUGUAGCAAUCUCAAGGAACUUUUUGGUAUUCUUUUUACCUAAGUUUAAUAGUGCUUCAUUCGACAAAUCAUUGUCUAGCCUCAUAAAUGCAUUUUCCAAAGCUGUUUCCAUUUGAAAUUCUGUUGUACAUUCAUUAUCUGCAAGAUCCUUCAUGAAACUUAAGAAACUUGCUUGAUACAGAUCUUUAUUUUCGGAAAUAAAUUCAGUUCUAUCAUUAAACAUUUGUAGAAGUUCUAAUUUAUUAUCUGAAUUAACUGUGUUCAGGUAUUGCUUAAGUAACUUUUUGGGUAACAAGCAAGCUGAUAUAUAAUGAAAAAGUCUUUUUGAUAUCACUUGAGCACAUGCAUCACCUCCAUGACCAUCGAAUACACCCAAUAAAAUUCCUACAACAAAUGUGGAUUGUCAUUGAUAUUUUAUUUAUUAUAUACCUGAAACAAUAUUUAAUGCAUCUAGCAUACCUUUGGUGAACAAACAUUGGGCCUCUGAUCUAGCAUCUUCUAUAGGAUUAUUAGAUGGCAAUUGAUUAGAGUCAUAAUAUUUCACAGAACUUUGCCCAUUAAAUUCUUUGGUAUACUCGUUAGUUUGUAAAACUGUGGUAACCUAUAAUAUAAUUAUAUUUAUUUUAAAAGUAAAAGUUUAGAAAUGAAUUUUGCACUGUUACAUUACCUCCUGUGGUGUAAGACGUGGUAGUGCCAUAUACAACCUUCGAGUACAUUUGUUACCAUUUCGUUUUUUCUGUCUAACGCAUACAUUGCUGACAGCUUUAAUUGCACCGUUGCUAAUAUUCUGAAGAAUCAUUAUUUUCUGCGGUUUUGCAGUAUAAUUCUGCUAGCACGCUUCCAUGUUUUUAUUCCUAUAGCACAUCUCGGAUAUCUUGCAGGUUAUGUUAAAUACUUGUCACUUUAAAAACGAAUCUUCAGGAAUAAAUUAUUUAUAAUCUCAUAUAGUACAUACCUCUUUAUUACAAGUCUCGAUAAUACUUUUAUAAUUAUUAAGAAUGUACGUGUAGGGUAUUAUCGUAACUGUAAUUUUAAGUAAUUAUGUUCGCAUAAUGAUAAUUGAUUAAAAUUAACAGUAACUAUAUAUUUACACUAGAAAUAAUGUUAUAACGACUAAUGAUAUUCGUUAUAAAUUAUACAUAAGCAUAUACAUAAGAAAUACAAUAUAAAAUGAUCUACAAUAAUUACAUACACGUAAAGUACUUGUGUACUAUGAUACGUGUACUUACAUAUGUCUAGUAGUAGAUAGUACUACAUCUAUGCUGUGCAUUAAAAUUACAGGAUAACUUAUACGAAAGAGAACUUAGUAAAAGUUAUUUUAAAUCGU